AUGAAGAAGCACUUCGUUGCCUUCAUGCAGGAUAUGCUCGAAAAUGGCCACGCUGAGCCAGCACCGCCAAGAAAGGAAGCCAACGAAUAUUGGUACCUCCCCAGCUUCGGUAUUUACCACCCGCAGAAACCGGGCCAAAUACGUGUAGUUUUCGAUUCAAGUACCAUGUACCAAGGUGUUUCGCUCAACGACUUGCUCCUUUCGGGACCGAACAUGACAAAUAGCCUGAUCGGUGUGCUGCUCCGUUUUAGAAAAGAGCCCGUGGCGGUAACGGCUGACAUCCAGCGAAUGUUUUAUUCCUUCUUCGUACGUGAAGAAGACAGAGACUACCUGCGCUUCUUGUUGUUCCGAGACAACAACACCAGCAAGGAUGUCAUUGAAUACAGGAUGUGUGUACAUGCGUUUGGCAACACAUGCUCUCCCGCUAUUGCGACCUACGGCUUAAGGCGCACCGCACCGGACGGAGAGCAGGACUUUGGAGCGGACGUUCGACACUUUAUCGAAAGAGACUUCUACGUCGACAACGGCCUCAAGUCCUUACCGACCGAUGAGGAGGCUAUUGAUUUACUCAAAAGGACACAACAUAUGCUGAAAGGAGCAAACCUGCGGCUUCACAAGAUAGCCUCUAACUGUGUGGAGGUCAUGGGCGCCUUCCCAUCCGAUGACUACGUCAAGGGCCUUAAAGACAUGGACUUCGACGGAGGUCACGUAGCGAUGCAACGGAGCCUUGGACUAAACUGGGACCUAAAGGCAGAUACGUUCACCUUCAAAGUGCCCGUAAAAGACACCCCAAAUACACGACGCGGCGUACUAUCCACUGUCAACAGCCUAUACGACCAUCUAGGAUUCACAGCCCCAGUGACAGUACAAGGUAGGCUGUUGCUGAGAGAUAUUUCUUCAGAAACGUCAGAUUGGGAUGCCCCUCUCGACCUGAAUGACAACUGGCUAACGUGGCGAGACUCCUUACAUCACCUUGAACGGCUCACGAUACCACGCCAGUACACUGCAAUCUCUCUCUCCGACGCCCGUCGACGGGAAAUCUGUGUAUUCUGCGAUGCCUCAGAAAAGGCAAUCGCCGCUGUGGCGUACAUCAAAGUCACAGAUGCUGAUGGAAUGCAACACGUGGGUUUUGUGUUCGGAAAAGCAAGGCUAGCGCCGCGCCCCGAACAGACCAUUCCAAGACUUGAGCUAUGUGCCGCAGUGCUCGCCGUCGAUAUCGCAGAGUUAGUCGUCAGCGAAAUCGAUGCUCACAUCGAUGACAUUAAAUUCUACACGGACAGCAAAGUUGUGCUCGGAUACAUCUUCAAUCAAUCGAGGAGUUUCUACGUCUAUGUCAGCAACCGUGUGAACCGCAUCCGAAGAUCUACGAAGCCCGAACAAUGA